AUGGGCGAAACACAAAUUAGAAGAAGUUUGGAGCCAAAAGGCCAAAUUGAAGAAGGGAAGGUAAGGAGUUUGUGACGCUUUUAAAAAAAUGGCAAGGACUUUCUUUACUAUAAGAAAAAUACCAAAAACUUUCAUUACAAUUUGAAAAAUGGUAAGAACUUUCUUUACAAAACCAAAAAUGGCAAGAACUUUUUUUACAAAGCAAAGAUUGGCAAUAACUUUUUUUACAAGACAAAAAAUCUCGAAAAUUUUAGAAAUAUUUAUAUUUUUUAAUAGUUGAUCAAACCUUUCAGAACGAACUCCUAAACUGGCGUCAUUUCUCCAUCAAUGAAUCCACGACCCCUGCCAUUCAAUCCUUGACCGGCUUCUCGGAAACCACGCUCGACUCUGUGUCGUUUAUAAUGGUAAAAGAGCCAGAAUCAACCGAAAAGCAUGCUGAUAUCACUUUGUUUUAA